UCUCAGUGGACGGGGCACCGGGGGGGAAGCGGAGCGGCCACUUUGAGCCUCUCACACAGGACAGCAGGAAGAGAUGGCGGCUGAACUCACCUGCCGUGUUGUGGCCAUGACCUGGAUGUUUUUGCUCGUGUCGGUGUCCUCCCUCGUCCCGGCUGCGGCCUCCGCUGAGCGGACGAAGACGGUGGAGUUCAACGUGAAACCUGGAGGAGUCGUGCACACGUUCACCGAGAGAGUAGUGAGUGACAUUAAUAACAAAUAUUUCUUCUUCAUUUCUUCCAGGCCUCAGGGAAAAUCAUACCUGUUUUUCACUCAGUUCAAAGCUGAACUGAAGGGAACCAAAAUUGAAUAUGCCAACGCAUAUUCGCAGACUGCAGGGGCAGGACAGAGUGACGUGCCUCUGAGGCCGGAGGAAUUCACCAUAGGAGACUCAACAGUGACCCACAAUGACGGCAAGUUCAAUGCUCAACUCUCCAAACUGACCGCCAUCGGACGGACACGGCACGAUGAGCUGUAACUGGUCAGAAGUCCGACAUGGCUCUGGUCACGUUUUGACCAAUGGGAGCAGCUGGGUGAGCUCUGAGCUGGGCCUCUCUGCAGUCACUGCAGGAUGGAUCUGUUCAACCAAAAUUUGAAGUAGGAUGAUACUGAUAUUGCCUUUGCAGCACCUUCUGUGUCAGUACAUUAAUUACUGUACCUGAUUAUUCUCUUACCUCAGUAGAUUUAUGCUACUUGGGACAAAAAUAAUAAAACGAGGAAGCGUCAGUUGAGUAUCCAGAUUUUUUUUUUUUUUACAUGGUGUCCUAGUUAAAAUUCUGCCAUAAGAUAAAGUGCUUCCAUAGUUGUUCUUAGUUUUUGAGGCUAUAAGAUUUACAGUGAAUAAAUCUGCCCUGAUCCACAGGGGAUGUAUGUGAAUGUACACAGGAUUGGUGUGUGGGGGUUUGUUGAGUAUAGAUAACACAUUUAGAGUCAGGAGGGAUUUAUCCUUCUUGUGUAAUCCUGAGAGGAAAGUGAGUAAUCCCCCUGUAUCAUCAUGGCACACACAUAAACAAUUACAUUUUUUCCUCAAUCUCAUUCCGCUCUGAGCUGCUGUUGAGACGACGCCUCGGUCUCUUGUCUGUUUAUCUUCAUCUGUUCCAGAUAACUGAAAGCAUCACAUUUGAUCCCCCUAGAUCACAAUUCAGUAUUAUUUGUGAAAACUUUUUCCUUUUCUGCUUCUUUUUGACCACAAGCUAUGCUCAUAAUCGAGCAGAUAGCAGCUUCAUCGUGUAGAAUUUAGAACGAUAUACACGAUUGUGUUUUUGAGCACACUAAAGCAGUUAUGGAUAAAUCUCAAAGAAUAUAAAUGUGAACUAAUUGUAAAUUAGAAAUCAGAAACAUCGCAGGCUUUUAGAAUCCUGAAAGAUUUUUUUCUAUCUGUUGCACACAAGACAGCUAAUCGAACAUAGCAUGAACUCACCAUUAAGUCUUAUUGACUGGCACAUCAGAUCAAAAGCUCAGACUGGAAGAAACUGAGAAAUCAGGCACACUGGUGCUAAUUUCACACUAUUGUUCUAUUUUACUUCAUCAGAAUCAAAAAGUGAUUAAGCAUACAACUUACAGUACGACUGAUUUCCUUUCUUAUACAGGAUAAAAAAUAUAUCACUGUUUCGGACAGAAGUUAUUUGAAUCGAAUAUAGUUUAUUAGAAAUAUCCUCAUUACACAUCUGUAACUAACAAUUCAAUAAUGGUCACAAACAUCCUUAUUCUGCUAUUUUUAAACAUACUCUUUUCUAAUUCUGUGACAUUUCACUGAACCUUCAGUUACUUCAUGUGAAAUUUAACCAAAGCUAAAUAUAGUGUGUGCACAGACGUUUGGCUCUUGAAUGCUUUGCUUUCAUCCUUCAGUGUCACGUGUGGAUCAGCGAGGAUAUUGUGUAUGUUUCAGAAGUACGUCAUUAUUAUUAGGUCCCUCUGGUCCCUCUCUCCUCUCCCUGCUCUUAUGGAGUGGGCAGGAUUACCUUUAUCUUUCCUACACUGAUCCGACCUUCUUAGAUCCACACAAGUGUCCAGAGGAUGAGGUCUGGAGAUUGAUUUCAGAUUUGACUCUCCGGUCUGAACAACUUCCUGAGGUUCAUACCUUGUUCGGCCUCGGUUUGGUUUCUCUCGUCUGUCCUCUGGAUUUGAGGAAGUGCUCAACGGGGAUGUUUUUUGUGUGUCCCUUUUUGUCACUGUCAAGACGUCACAUCAGGAAGUACCCACAUCCAUAUCCUGACCAGGAAAUAAAUAAAAAAAAAAGAUGUUACUUAUUUUAUACUUUUUCUUUUUUCUGUCUAAUUCGUGAUCAUUCAUGAUGAAGUGUGAUGUAUGUUUCAGUAAAGACAUGUUGUCACUGCUCUGGA